CAGCGCUUGCAUAGGUUUGUGGAAACUUUUAUCCAAUUGACCUUAGAAGUGUAGCAGGACUUUGGAGGCACCAACAUGUCCCGCUUAUUGGACAUGGAGGAGUUUGGAGAGGCAGCGCCCUUUCUGCGCAAGUCGGAUCUCGUGUUACUGGGAGCACAAACGGUGGCAUUCGAUGGUAAGAAGCGUGCCUGGAUCCCGGACGAGAAGGAGGCAUAUAUUGAAAUUGAAAUCAAAGAUAUCAAAGGUGACAAAGUCAUCGUUGAGACAAAUGAUGGAAAGACCCUUACCGUGAAGUAGGAUGACAUCCAGCAAAUGAAUCCUCCCAAAAUCGAUAUGAUUGAGGAUAUGGCUAUGCUGACCCACCUGAACGAAGCUUCUGUUUUGUUUAACCUGCGGAAGCGCUACAGCAACUGGAUGAUAUAUACGUAUUCCGGGCUGUUCUGUGUGACGGUGAACCCCUACAAGUGGCUCCCGGUCUACACGGCCCCCGUGGUGGCUGCGUACAAGGGCAAGCGCCGCUCGGAGGCCCCACCGCAUAUCUACUCCAUUGCUGACAAUGCCUACAAUCACAUGUUGUGCAAUCGUGAGAACCAGUCCAUGCUUAUCACCGGAGAAUCCGGUGCUGGCAAAACUGUGAACACGAAACGUGUAAUUCAGUAUUUUGCCAUAAUAGCAGCUCUGGGGGAAGCGGCAGCUAAAAAAGGUCAAGGUCCUGCUACCAAAACUGGGGGCACCCUAGAGGAUCAAAUUAUUGAGGCCAACCCUGCCAUGGAGGCCUUCGGUAAUGCCAAGACUGUGAGGAAUGACAACUCCUCCCGCUUUGGCAAGUUUAUAAGGAUCCAUUUUGGACACACAGGAAAACUAGCCUCUGCUGACAUUGAUAUCUAUCUUCUGGAAAAAUCCAGAGUGAUAUUUCAGCAGCCUAGAGAAAGAAGUUACCAUAUCUACUACCAGAUCAUGUCUCAGAAGAAUCCAGAGCUCCUAGACAUGCUUCUGGUCUCCUCCAACCCUUUCGACUACCAUUUCUGCUCUCAAGGAGUGAUCACGAUAGAGAGCAUGGAUGAUGGACAGGAGCUCAUGGCUACAGACCAUGCCAUGGACAUCUUGGGUUUCAGUCCAGAUGAGAAAUACGGCUGCUACAAGAUCGUGGGGGCCAUCAUGCACUUUGGCAACAUGAAGUUCAAGCAGAGGCAGAGGGAGGAGCAGGCUGAGGCCGACGGCACUGAAAGUGCUGAUAAGGCCUCCUACCUGAUGGGCGUGAGCUCUGCUGACCUCAUUAAGGGCCUGCUGUACCCCAGAGUGAAGGUGGGGAAUGAGUACGUGGUGAAGGGACAAAAUGUGGAACAGGUUAACUAUGCAGUGGGAGCAUUGGCCAAAGCUACGUACGACCGCAUGUUUAAAUGGCUGGUGGGGCGUAUCAACAAGACCCUCUACACUGUCCUGCCUCGGCAGUUCUUCAUCGGCGUCCUCGACAUCGCAGGCUUCGAGAUCUUUGAACUGAACAGCUUUGAGCAGCUGUGCAUCAACUUCACCAAUGAGAAACUGCAACAGUUUUUCAACCACCACAUGUUCAUCCUGGAGCAGGAGGAGUACAAGAGAGAAGGGAUCGAAUGGACUUUCAUUGAUUUUGGGCUGGACCUCCAAGCCUGCAUUGACCUCAUCGAAAAGCCCCUGGGAAUCCUUUCCAUCCUCGAAGAGGAAUGCAUGUUCCCAAAGGCCACGGACGGCAGCUUCAAAGCCAAGCUGUACGACAACCACGUUGGCAAAUCGCCCAACUUCCAGAAGCCGCGGCCGGAUAAGAAGCGCAAAUUCGAGGCCCAGUUCGAGAUAAUGCACUACGCCGGAGUGGUGCCUUAUAACCUUGCUGGCUGGCUGGACAAAAACAAGGACCCGCUGAAUGAAACAGUGGUGGCCUGCUUUCAGAAGUCCUCCAACAAACUACUGGCUGCUCUCUAUGAGAACUACAUCAGCUCCGACACAGCCUCUGAUCCCAAACCUGGCGCCAAAGAGAAGAGGAAGAAGGCGGCCUCUUUCCAGACAGUCUCUCAGCUCCAUAAGGAGAAUCUGAAUAAGCUGAUGACCAACCUGCGUUGCACUCAGCCCCACUUUGUGCGCUGCAUCAUCCCCAAUGAGACCAAGACUCCAGGAAUCAUGGAUGCGUUCUUGGUCCUGCACCAGCUGCGCUGUAACGGUGUGCUGGAGGGGAUCCGUAUCUGCAGGAAAGGCUUCCCCAACCGCAUCCUCUACGCCGACUUCAAGCAGAGGUAUCGUAUCCUGAACCCUCAUGCCAUCCCAGAUGACACGUUUGUGGACAGCAGGAAAGCUGCAGAGAAGCUGCUGGGCUCUCUUGACAUCGACCACAACCAGUAUCGCUUUGGUCACACCAAGGUGUUCUUCAAGGCGGGGCUGCUGGGCCAGCUGGAGGAGAUGAGAGACGAGCGCCUGGCCAAAAUCCUCACUCUGCUGUAGGCCGUCAGCCGGGGCAAGAUCAUGAGGAUGGAGCUGAGGAGGAUGAUGGAGAGGAAGGAGGCUCUGAUGAUCAUCCAGUGGAACAUCCGGGCCUUCAACACAGUGAAACUGGGAUGGCCAUGGAUGAAGCUCUUCUUCAAGAUCAAGCCUCUGCUGAAGAGCGCCACUGCGGAGAAGGAGCUGACCGCCCUCAAGGAGGAGUACCUCAAGCUAAAGGAGACGCUGGAGAAGUCGGAGGCCAAGCGCAAGGACCUGGAGGAGAAGCAGGUCAACCUGACCCAAGAGAAGAAUGACCUCACUCUCCAACUGCAAGCUGAGCAAGAUAAUCUUGCCGACGCUGAGGACCGUUGUGACCUGCUCAUCAAGACUAAGAUCCAGCUGGAGUCCAAGGUGAAGGAGCUGACCGAGAGGCUGGAGGACGAGGAGGAGAUGAAUGCCAACGUGGCCGCCAAGAAGCGCAAGCUGGAGGACGAGUGUGCUGAGCUCAAGAAGGACAUCGAUGACCUGGAGAUCACUCUGGCCAAGCUGGAGAAGGAGAAGCAUGCCACUGAGAACAAGGUGAGAAGUAUGGAUGGAAGCUGAGGUGAUAUCUAAAGUGACUUUUUGCUAGACCAACUCUCUGUGGUUUAUACUACACAGUGAAACCACCUCAACCUUUUGGAAUGCUCCUCAUAUGCCAGCACUGCAUUUAUCUAUGUAUUUGUACGUACUUGUAUGUACUCCAUUUACAACUACACUGAACUACAUUUGUCCUGUAGUUGUAGAAUUGAAUACAUUCAAAAUAAGUUGUGAAUGGCAUGUUCAUUUGGGGGAAACUAUAUUCCUUCCUUUAGUAAAAAAAAAAUGAAUAAACAUGUUCACACUUUGGACAGGAAAGACUUUGAGCUGAACCAAAUCAGUACCAGAAUUGAAGAUGAGCAGGCUCUGGUCCUCCAACUUCAGAAGAGGAUCAAGGAGUUACAGGCUCGCAUCGAGGAACUCGAGGAGGAGCUGGAGGCCGAGCGAGCGUCUCAGGCCAAGUCGGAGAAGCAGCGCAGCGAAACGUCCCGUGAGCUCGAAGAGCUCAGCGAGCGUCUGGAGGAGGCCGGCGGCGCCACCACGGCCCAGAUCGAGAUGAACAAGAAGCGUGAGGCGGACGUCCUGAAGCUGCAGCGGGACCUGGAGGAAGCCAUGGUGCACCACGAGACCGCCACGGCAGCGCUGCGCAAGAAGCACGCCGACACCGUGGCCGAACUCGGCGAUCAGAUUGACAGCCUACAGCGCCUCAAGCAGAAGCUAGAGAAGGACCGCGCCGAGGCCAAGAUGGAGGCUGAUGACCUGGCCUCCAACCUUGAACAGGUCGCAAAAACUAAGGCCAGUGCAGAGAAGACAUGUCGGCUCUACGAGGACCAGAUGAACGAGUCCAAGGCCAAGGUGGAUGAGCUCCAGAGGCAGCUCAAUGACAGCAACACCCAGAGGGCUCGUGCCCAGGCCGAGAGUGCUGAGCUGGGCAGGAAGCUUGAGGAGAGAGAGGCUCUGAUCUCACAGCUGCAACGCACUAAAAUCUUCUUCAGUCAGAAUGCUGAGGAGUUCAAAAAACAGCUGGAUGAAGAAAACAAGGCAAAGAAUGCCCUGGCUCAUGCACUCCAGUCUGCGCACCAUGACAAUGACCUGUUACGAGAGCAGUAUGAGGAGGAGCAGGAGGCCAAGUCUGAGCUGCAGAGGGCGCUGUCCAAGGCCAACGCUGAGGUCACCCACUGGAGAACCAAAUAUGAGACGGAUGCCAUCCAAAAAACCGAGGAACUUGAAGAGGCCAAGAAGAAGCUUGUGACUCGUCUACAGGAGGCUGAGGAGAGCGUGGAGUCGUCCAGCGCCAAGUGCUCGUCCCUGGAGAAGACCAAGCACCGACUGCAGACGGAGAUGGAGGACCUAGUGGUGGACCUGGAGCGCGCCAGCGCUGCUGCAGCUGCCCUGGACAAGAAGCAGCGCAACUUCGACAAGGUGCUGGCCGAGUGGCGUCAGAAAUGCGAGGAGUGGCAGGCGGAGCUGGAGGCUUCGCAGAAGGAGGCGCGCAGCCUGAGCACCGAGCUCUUCAAGCUCAAGAACUCCUACGAGGAGGCGCUCGACCACCUGGAGACCGUCAAACGGGAGAACAAGAAUCUCCAGGAGGAGAUCUCUGAUCUGUCUGACCAGAUCAGCCAGGGAGGCAAGACCAUCCAGGAGCUGGAGAAGAUCAAGAAAGGCCUGGACCAGGAGAAGAGUGAGAUCCAGGCUUCCCUGGAGGAGGCUGAGGCGACUCUGGAACAUGAGGAGAGUAAAACCCUCCGCAUCCAGUUGGAGCUCAACCAAGUUAAAGCUGAUGUUGACAAGAAACUGGCUGAGAAGGAUGAGGAAAUUGACAACCUUCGUCGCAAUCACCAGCGUGCUCUGGACUCCAUGCAAGCCACCCUGGACGCAGAGGCCAAGUCUCGCAACGAGGCAGUUCGGCUGAAAAAGAAGAUGGAGUGCGACCUGAAUGAGAUGGAGGUGCAGCUGAACCAUGCCAACCGCUCAGCCGCGGAGUCCCAGAAGACCGCCCGCAACCUGCAGGCCCAGAUCAAGGAUGUGCAGAUGGAGCUGGAUGAGACCAUUCACCAGAACGAGGAGCUGAAGGAGCAGACGGCGGUCUAACGGACUAACCGGAACAACCUGCUGGUGGCCGAGGUGGAGGAGCUCCACGCGCUGCAGGAGCAGAACGAUUGCGCCCGCAAGCUGGCCGAGCACGAGCUGGUGGAGACCUCUGAGAGGGUCAACCUGCUGCACUCACAGAACAUGUCCCUGCUGAACCAGAAGAAGAAGCUGGAGGCUGACUUGUCUGCGCUGUCUGGAGAGGUGGACGACGUCCAGCAGGAGUGUCGUAACGCAGAGGAGAAGGCCAAGAAGGCCAUCACUGAUGCGGCCAUGAUGGCUGAGGAGCUGAAGAAGGAGCAGGACACCAGCGCUCACCUGGAGCGAAAAGACCUGCAGAUGCGUCUGGACGAGGCUGAGCAGAUCGCCCUCAAAGGGGGCAAAAAGCAGAUGCAGAAGCUGGAGAGCCGGGUCAAAGACCUGGAGAGCGAGCUAGAGCUGGAGCAGAAGAAAAGCAAUGAGUUCCAGAAGGGAUUCCGCAAAUAUGAGAGGAGGAUCAAGGAGCUCACUUACCAAACGGAGGACGACCGGAAGAAUCAGGCCCGUAUGCAGGUGCUCAUAGACAAGCUACAGGCCAAAGUCAAGACCUAUAAGAGACAGGCCGAGGAGGCGGAAGAGCAGACCAACUCCAACCUGACCAAGUUCAGGAAGAUCCAGCAUGAGCUGUAUGAUGCAGAGGAGAGAGCGGACAUGGCUGAGUCACAGGCCAACAAACUGCGCAUUCGCACCCGUGACCAAGGGGGGAAGCCUCCACUUACACAAUGAGGAGGGACCACCACAUAACAUCCCACUUACAGUCAAGCUGCUGCAACAGAUGUUUUGAUUGUGUGAUGGCAAAUUCAUUAAACGCUUGGAAAGAAACAUAUG